UGCGCGCACUUCACUUUGGGACAGCCUUCGUCGCGCCGCUGUGACGAGAUCGCACUUCAAAUGCGCACUCCGGAGUGUGCGCACGUCACUUUAGGACACAGCCUUUGGUUUCACAGUCAGGAUCGAGAUAAAGGAUUAUUGGUCCUCGUCGACGCGUUGUGAAACUCGUGGCACUGUGUCACUGUCUGAAGCCAUGAUGCGCUUAUCAACGCUGUUUAUCGUUGUCCUCUGCUUCUAUCAAGUUCACUCCAAACCAGUGAAGAAUUCUGAUGCAGAAGAGGGUACAACUGUUUCACCCAGCACAGCUGCAAAUGAGCUAAAAAGUAAUGAAGGAGAGGCUUCAAUUACAAAGGAUCAAGGUAACAGCAUUGAUAAAAACAUAAAUGAAGAACCGGAGAGCCCACCUGCCAGCAAUAAGGAAGAUGGCCCUGAAAAUCCUGAAAAAACUAAAAGCAAAACUAAUAAAGCAAGCGAUGAAAAGAGUGUAACCACAACUGAAGAUGUUAAAGAAGCCCCCGCCCCGGAAAUUGUUAAAAAAGAUGAAGGUGAAUCAAAAAAUGAAGGAAAUGAAGACGACGUGAAGACACAUACCCAAGAUAAAACAAACAAGCAAGAAAACAACAAUGAAUCUGAAGGAGCUGCAUUAAAAGAAGAGUCUAAAGAGAAGACGACCACAGCAGGACAAAAUAAAGUAGAUGAUGGACAAGCAGGCACUAAACCUGCUGAAGACAGUGGAAAACAACCAAACCAAGAUGAUGAAACCGGUCAAGAGGAGCAAAGUGACAAGAAACUGACCACAGUUGAACAAAACAAUGAGCCUGAAGACGACGACGACAACAGCCCUGAUCCUUCUGAAGGUGAUGGAGAUGAGACCGAGAACUCACCUGGACCUGAAGAAGAUGGAGACGUUGAUGACCUUAGGGUUGAUGAAUCAAAUGAACAGGACACAGUUAAGGGCAAAACAGAAAAGAAGGACAAUAAAGCGAACGUUUAUCAACAAGAGGAGAAUACAGAGAACAGCCACUUCUUUGCCUAUCUGGUGUGUGCCGUUAUACUGGUGGCUGUGCUGUAUAUCGCCAGUCACAACAAGCGCAAGAUCAUUGCCUUCGUGGUUGAAGGCCGGAGAUCAAGAGGCACACGGAGACCCAAGACAUCCGAUUACCACAAACUCGACCAGAAUUGAGGAAACCCAGUCAGAUGAGUCAGCGGUGGAUGAAUCGAAAUAUUUCAACUGUGAUUUUGAAACUUGAAUGAUCCAUAAUGAGACUUAUAUCACCACUCAGCGAAACUGUCACUAACUCAUCCAAAAUUAUAUUAAUAAUGACAAACAGUCAUCCAUCCGUAGCAUGUCAGGUAUAUGAAAACAGUGUCUCUCGUAGUUCUAAAACGUCUGGGGUCAGGAUCUUCAGUCAGGUUUAGCGUGUUUACGAAAACUGCGGUACAUUUUGUUCUGUGGCCUCUUGUUCAAUUUAAUUUCCGAGCCUUUUUUGUUAGUUACGUGGUUGUUUUUCAGUUUUUAUUUUUUUUUUCUUGUUCUCAAUUUAUUGCUGGGCGAAAUGUGUAAUACAGAAGGAACCGAUAUGUAUAUUUUUGAAAGUAAAUGUUGGCUGCUCUUGAUGUUUAAUGGGAGAUUGGGAAUGAUUGAGUUUUUAAAAUGUUCGGAGGGCUGUUGUAACACUCCUUUCUCGUUUUUUUGGGACGGGUGAAUUCUUUCUACAGGUGUGGAUUAGAAAAGGAGUGGCAAGCUUUUGUUCUUAUGUUGAAGAUGUUCAAAGCACCAUGAAAACAUCUUAAUUGCUCUGUGAAUGCUAAAUUAGCUUUGAAGAGCUCAGCAGAAAGGAUUUUAUUUGCUAGCCCAGUUAGACUAGUAGUUCAGAUUCAUAUUUGCCCUUUUCACAGGCAGAGAACAAAACUAAUUUAAUGAGUCAGAGAAAAAUGUCAUUCGAAUUUAGCAAAUCAUACUAUAAUUUAUAAGGGGUUAAAGCAAUAAAAGCUGGAUAUUAAUUGCAAAUUGAAUGCAGGUGUUGGAGAGGGGUUUGAGUCUGUUUAUAUUGUAUUUGAAUCUGUCAGUCAGUGGUUCAUUUGGGGUUUUCCAAAUGUUUUUUCUGCAUUUGUAGUCGUUGAGGGAAAAAAACUACAGCCCUGAUUUUGCACUUUUCAUUCUUCUGAAAGCUUUGACUCCAGUGACUUUAAUGUUGAAAGAAGCCAUCCAGCUCUGGAGUCAGUCCACUGUUUAGCUGAUGAAGAAACUGCCGUUGUUGUUCGCAGCAGUCAAUGGUGCAUUUGAAAGAAGAUUGUUUUUGGUGUACAGUAGGAUUAUAAUUACCCACGCUUGAUUUAUGAAGCAAGAUUUCUGUGCCAAAUCUAGAUGAUGCCCAGGAAUGAGAAACAAAUGGAUAGACAUCCAUACUCCUCUCUUUUACUAUAAGUGGAAAAUAUUGUGGAUGUUUUAUUUGGUGUGAUUUCAAACAUGGUCACACACUGUUGUGCCUACUGUAAUUCCCAUUGUAUUCUGUUAAUCCUGUGAUUGAUGAUUUGACAUCGAACCAGUGGCUUUGCACAACCGGUUUUCUUGAAAUUCUUGAGCUAUUUUGAAUUAAUGAGUGGGUAAACAUAUAUGAAGGGGGGUUAACUUGCCUAUUUACUGUGGUCAAUCUUUUAUCACUUCUGAAUCUUUUUCACAAGUGAUAUUCUUUCUACAAUGAAAAGAGAUGGAAUAAAGGUUUGACUUUUCCUCUGA